UACGGGACCCUCGAGGACGGACACCGUUGAUGCUGGCCGUGACGUUAGGCCACUACCGGGCGGCCAGACAUCUGCUCCGACACAACGCUAACGUCAAUAUUGAAGAUUCGCUCGGAUUUAACGUACUACACGAAGCGGUCAGUAGUAAUGAUCCGGAAUUUAUACGUGAAGUACUGGAGCGCCGCGAUUGGCAACGCUAUACCAGUCGUGUGGACGGCAUUCCCGUACUGUUGAAGAAAAUUUGUGAUACUCCAGACUUUUAUGUGGAGAUGAAAUGGGAAUUCACGAGUUGGGUACCACUGGUGACGCGUAUGUGUCCGAGCGAUACUUAUAAGAUAUACAAGAGUCGGUCCAGCGUUAGAAUAGACACCACUUUAGUUGGUUUCGAUCAGACAUCCAAUUGGCAGAGAGGGAACCGGAGUUAUAUAUUCACCGGCACUGAAAACGGCGCCGUUUUCAUGGAAGUGGAUCACGACAACAAACAGGUGAUCGUCGAGACCAUGAAAAUGAUGUCCGCCGACAAUGAAGACGCCAUCGAAAUGCUAAAGCCGUCGGACGAGUUAGUCAACGCCCGACUCACCACUCCUACGAGCACUACAUUCAUAGACACCGAUAAAAUUCAUUUUGAACGGAGCAAAGCGGGAAUUUAUGGCUUUAGAACCGAUAAAAGCGAGACAAUUAAUGGUCACGAAUCAAAAGUGUUUUGCGCCCAAAACGUUGAAGUGGUCACUAAGACUCGUACCGAGCAUUUGUCCGCCGAAGACAAGGAACGUCACAACUCGGCCGCCGCUAACCGAUUAGCACCCCUUCAGUCCCUUUUAGGGAUGACUGAGAUUGAAGAUAAAGCUCCCACUCCUCCACCCCUUGACUCAGACGCCGGUAUCGAUCAGACCGUUGAUCAGAGGAAUCGAUUCAAUAUAACUGCUGUCCAA